UGCUCUUUUUUGAAAAUUGUCUUUUACUUUUUGUAUUUCUCUAAAGAAAUGAUUGUCAAAAUGAAAAAUGUAUCAAUAAUGAUAAAAAAUCAUGAUAUCGUUAAGUUUCGUGAAAAUGUUAUUAAAAAAAACUUGUGUUAAAUUAUCAUGGCAUAUGAUAAAAAUUCUAUCUACCAAUACACGCACGAUCAGCAUUUUAAAACGCGAAGUCUGACGAAAGCGAAAGCUUCAUUUUCUCCUCGGUUAAUAUUUUCUUGAAUAAAGCACAAUUAUUCAGGUCAUUUAUCAAGAAGUGAUAUAAUAUAUUUACUGAAAUUGACAUAAGCACCUAGGGGAUUGUCGUUUAAUGCAAUUAUUGUAAAUGCAUUGUGAACUAGAUCAUUUGAUCAGUAGUGGUUUGGGUCCGGAGGAAGAUGGCCGCCAGUGAUUCUCUGUCAUGAAAAAGUCAAGAUUUGCAUUUUUGUUUUACAUUCGCACUUGCAGCAAUGGAACAUAGCAAGUUGCGAAAUCAAAGUGGCAUUGUCAAUUAAAUAGUCGAGUUUUAAAUAAAAAAAACACGAGGAUUAAAAGUGGGGCAAAUCUAUAUUGUUUAGUGUGACGCGAGAACGUGGAUUUCCCGAAGGAGUUCUUUUCAUUUGCAAAAAAAGAAUGGCAUCCGAUAAUAAAAUGGAAUGGGUGGAGAUCAUCGAACCAAGAACGAAAGAACACAUGUACGCCAAUCUAACAACUGGGGAAUGUGUUUGGGAUCCUCCACCAGGUGUUCCUGUUAAGAAAACGGAUAAUAAUCAAUGGUGGGAGUUGUUCGAUCAAAAUACUUCGAGAUUUUAUUAUUAUAAUGCAACAUCACAAAAGACAGUCUGGCACCGUCCUAAUGAUUGCGACAUCAUUCCUCUGGCGAAAUUACAGACAUUGAAGCAGAACACAGAACCAGCAGGUGGUGAAGGAACGACCAAUUCUCAGAAGCAAAAUGACUCAAGAAAGAAGGAAUCGGUUUCAACGCAAACUCAAACCCCGAUUGUUGGUCGAACAGGACGUUUUAAUCAUCACGAGAAUCCUAAUUUGGCAGCUAAUAUGCAAAUAAAUAAACCGCUGGGUAUGAAUACGGGAGCUGGUAUUGAUCUCAGAACAUCGCCGCCAUCACCGUCCCCAUCGUCAAGACGGCAUCAUCAUCAUCAUCAUCACAAUAGUAGACAUCAUCAUAGGCAUCAUGAACAACCAACGACUCGACGGCAUCAUAAUCAUUCGCAGGAUUCGGGGAGAUCGAGCGAUAGUUCAGUUUCACAUAGUCGAACAUCCCUCGAAUCGACUGGCUAUAGACUAUUAGAUUCACCCCAUCGACAUCAACAUCAACAACGAACUGUAGCGCAACAACAAAUUAUAUCCUCACAAUCUUCGUCCAGACAACCUAGCGGUAGUUUAGAAAUUAGAUCAUCACACAAGAGUGGAACCCUCGAGGGCGUUAAAAAUCAAAAGAUCCUCGCCACCGUCGAUUCACAGCAGCAGCAGCAACAACAACAACAACCAAUUGGAUUGUCCCUCUCGACAAGUACUCCACUCUUUAAAAAGAAGACAUUCACUGAGCCUCAGCGCGAAUCACGUGCUGGUAAUCUCGAUUUAGACAAGAGUAAAAAUGGUAGAGAAAGUAGUAGAAGUUCAUAUGGACCCGAGCCAAGUACAUCGCCGUAUCGAGAAACUGUUAUGGAAUGUCGUGGAUUUAGACAGGAAAUGGCGCCAUAUCGUCCACCAGAAAUUCAAGCGUGUUACAGUCAUAAACCGCAAACUGAAAAAUAUGGUUCACUUAUUGAAAUGGGUAGCCGUUUUCGUGAUCGUGAACGUGAAUCACUUCAUCGUGAGAGAGUAAAUAGUUUUGAUAAAUCGAAUGCACCUGCGUUCUAUCCGAGUUCAGGGCAUUCGAGAAAUUUAAGUAAACCGGAAACCACCGGCAGUAUUGGCAGGCGACAUCAUGGAUGUUCCGCUUCCCUAUCCGAGGCGAAUGUCCGUGAAAUGUACGGAUCAAUUGCCACCGACAGGAACGAGCCCUCGAAGAGCCUCGCGAGAGGUACAACCGUUAUGGGUAAUGUGUCGAAACAAAGGAGUUUGGAAGUUUCUGAACGUGAGAGAGAUUAUCGAAGAACAACGGCGUGCAAUAAUUCGAUAGAUUCUAGUAUACAGCAGCCAUUGGCUCGUAGUUAUAGUUUUGUGCAACAGCAAAAGCAGCAGCAAAAAUUACAACAGCAGCAGCAACAGCAACAACAACAACAGCAGCAGCAGCAACAGCAGAGUCGACGGCAUGAAAAGGACGAUGAUUCCAUGCACGAGAGAUAUUUGGUGGGACAAAGUCAUGAUCCGACUCGUCAACGACUUUGUAGCAAUACCAGCAGUAGCAAUAGUAGUCAUAGUAGUAGUAACAGUGCCGUCGAAGAUGAGACGGAAGGUCAAACGGACGCUGACAAUGGAAAGAAGAAAAGAAGCAAUGGAAAUCCAAGUCCACCUCCUUCACCCUACUAUGGAAAUCUUCUCGUCGACGCUGAUCAUCUAUUGCCCCUGCAACAUUACAUUCUCCAGCAGGCGAAACUUUCUGGCUGUUACAAAUUUGGAGAUCCUUUAUUGGCAGAAGAGGGCGACGAUUCGUUGGAUGAGGAAGGAGGCAGAGCGAGCGAACUUCGAGGUAGAGGCGAUGACGAUUCAGAUGAUCAGUUCGCUGACGAUGAAGCAGCCAGCAAUCAUUCCAGUCAGGAAUAUCUCGAAGAUCACUAUGCUGAUCUCGCGAAUUAUGACACAGCGGGCCUAGCGACUUAUUACAAUACAGCCGACACAUUAACGAGGCCUCAGGUGACAGCACCACUUGCACCGCCACCGCCACCACCAACAAACGUCACUCAAACCGAAGCACGCGAAACAAUAACACCAAGACCAAUAUCAUUACCAAAUCCAGUGGUGAUAUCGGGAAGAAAUUUCGAUACAACCGAUUACGAUGAGGCGCGACGCGAUGACAAUACAAGUGGGGGCGAUAUUGAAAAAUACGCCCAAGAUAAUUUAAAUUUAAAUUGUGGCCGACCAAAGGGUCUUCGUCUCUUAUUCAGAAAGAAAUUCAGCGUACGCGAUAUUCUCAGUUGGUCAAAGGAUCCAAUACCACAACCGAUGCUGGUCGUCGUUGACGGUGAAAAACUAUUGAAACGUGAGGCGUGUAAUUUAUUUCGACUUGUACAAGUCUAUAUGGGCGAUCGUAAAGCAAAUGUUGGCAUGACAUUGGACGGUGUGGCAAUGGAUAUUGUGAAUACGGCAUUUUCAAAACCACCAUUACGCGACGAACUCUAUGUGCAAAUUUGCCGUCAAACCACGGAAAAUCCAAGGAAGGAGAGUUUAAGACGCGGUUGGGAAUUAAUGGCAAUUUGUCUUGCAUUCGUUCCACCUAGUGCAACAUUUGAACCAUAUCUCGAGGGCUAUAUGAAUAGACAUCGUGAUCCUAAUUUUCAAUUUCCAGAAGUAGCAAAGUGGCCGAUUCACGUGCAAGUGAGUCAUUAUGCGACUGUCGCCUGUCGACGUCUUCAACGAAUAGGAGCUCAUGGAAAACGACAACCACGAAAAGCAACCAUCGAGGAUAUCGAUCAGGCCAGGUUGCAAAUUUUCCGCGCCUCUAUGUUUGGCGCAACUUUGUCGGAAGUGAUGGCCCUGCAGAGAGAUCGUUUUCCACAACGCGAUUUACCCUGGGUUCAGACGACAUUAACGCGUCAGGUUUUAGUUCGUGGUGGAACAGUGACGGAGGGAAUAUUUCGGGUAUCAGCCGAUGCCGAUGAAGUGAGCGCAUUAAAAUCAUGUCUCGAUAGAUUUGAAGACGGUGCAAUAUUGGCAGCUUCACAGGAUGCACACGCGCCCGCUUCACUUUUAAAAUUAUGGGUUCGUGAACUUUAUGAACCACUGAUACCCGAUUCAUUUUAUCCCGAAUGUGUUUCAAUGCGUCAUGAUGAUCCAGAAAUUUCUGCUGCAAACAUCGCUGGCGUUGUUGAGAGACUUCCUGAUCUUAAUCGACGAGUUUUGUGUCAUCUCGUGCAUUUCCUUCAGAUUUUCGCAAGAUCGGAAGUAGUGGCCCGAACGAAGAUGGACGCAAAUAAUUUGGCAAUGGUGAUGGCACCAAAUAUUUUGCGUUGCACGUCACAGGAUCCGCGGGUAAUUUUGGAGAAUGCACGAAAGGAGAUGGCCUUUGUUCGUUCAAUGAUUGAAACGUUAGAAACUGCUUGGGUAGAUGAUUUGCACUGACCAUUGCGCCACCGCUAGAAUGUUCUAGACAACAAUGCCAAAUCAAUCAGCUGAUAAUAAAAAAAAAUAUUAUCAUUACAAUUAUUUUUUAAAUAAUUACUAUUACUUAUAGAUUUCUUUUUUUUAAAAAACAAGUAAUUGACACAUUUGUUUAUAAUUCACUGUCACUUUUUAAAGCCUCUGAUCCUUCUCUUUAUCUAUCUAAAGAAAUUUUUUUUUUUUUUUUUGCAAAUUUAUUGCUACGUGUAUAGACACAAAUUAAUUGUGCUAUUAACUCGAUUUCUUUGACACUUCCUAUUUAUUAUUUAUAAAUAUAUAUUAUAUAUAUAUAUAUAAAGAGAUUCUACGUUAUGAAUCUAGAGAUUAUUAGAUAUAUAUAAAUAUAUAUAUAUUAUCAUAGCUAUAUCGCAAUAACAAUGUAUUGUAUAUUUUAACUUCCCUUGUUACCGCGUGUUAAUCGCGGACGGCUUUUUUACUCGAUCGUUGUUGAAUCUCGUGUAAGAUAAAAUGAAAAAAAACAAUAUGUUACCGUGUAUAGGCUGCACCAAGAAAAGGUCCUUUUUUUGUAUGAGCGAUGAAACAACGUGUACGAAAUUUUAUUGUGAAGUAAAUACUGUGAAAGGUUUAGCAAGCUAA